GGAGCUGUUCCUUUCAGGCAGGCGCUGGCUGGGCAGUGAUGGCGGACGAUGGGAUUGGGAAGCUAAGGACGGAACAAGGCGGCAACGGCGGCCCGCCGGAGACGGCGGAUGCCGCUACCGGAAGCUGGCUCGGGGGAAGCUGGCUCGACAUGCUAUUAAUCUUGACGCUGGUGAUCGUGACGCUUUUCGCUUAUCAGGUCUACAAGCGCUGGGGCAAAAGGAUCGGAGCGGGGGGCGCGGCGCAGCAGAGCCAGGCCCACUCCUUGCCCCGCAUGAAGCGGCGGGACUUCACUCUGGAGCAACUGCGCGAGUACGACGGCGCGCGAUUGCCGCGCAUUCUUCUGGCCGUCAACGGCAAAGUCUUCGAUGUGACCAAAGGCAGCAAGUUCUACGGGCCCGAAGGUCCUUAUGGAAUAUUUGCUGGCAGAGAUGCCUCAAGGGGGCUAGCAACUUUCUGUCUAGAUAAAGAUGCACUCAGAGAUGAAUAUGAUGAUCUAUCGGACUUAAAUGCUGUGCAAAUGGAAAGCGUUAGGGAAUGGGAAAUGCAGUUUAAAGAAAAAUAUGACUAUGUAGGUAGACUCCUAAAGCCAGGAGAGGAACCAUCAGAAUAUACAGAUGAAGAAGAUACCAAGGAUCACACUAAACAAGAUUGAACUUUGUAAAUCACCAAAGUCAGGGGCCUUUGGAACUGCAGUCUUUUAUUCCCCAUCAAAGAAUGCCCUACACCUUUGGGUACAAUUCAACUGCUACAGAAAAUAAUUCAGUAUGUUUUGUAUAUGAUCCUUUCCUGAUGAAGAUUUGAUUUGAUCACUAGGCAUUCUUUGUGCUGCCAAACAUUUAUUCUUUUUUUCCCUUUUUUUUGUUGUUGAAAUAUAUAUGUGUCUGGAAAGGCUUCAUUAAUGAAAUGGGGGCCAGGUAUUUAAAAUUCAAAGAAAACAAUUUCUUGCAGCAUGUUGAAGCCUUUGAACACUUUGUUAUUUACAGGCUUAUAUUUUUCAUGUGUAAUUUCUACUCUUUGAGCCCUAAAUGGAAAACAAACCUAGUUCUUUUAAGGAAUCCAUAGUUAACAUAGUGGCUGAAACAUAAUAAAUGGGAAUGCUCAGACUAGUUUGUGGGCUGUUGGUUUCUAUGACAGAAAACUAUUUUAGAUCUCUGCAGAUUACAUGGUUUCAGAUAAGAUUCUCCUGAAGGAUAGAGGAAAAUUUAUUUGCAGAAGUUAUCAUCUGAAACCUGCCUUCUAUGCUUGUCUUUCCCCUGAAUCAGUUCAAAAUAAUUGUGCCUUAUUUCACUUAGACUUGAAUUGUUUUAAAGGAAAACCCAAAAUAUAGCAUGAGUCACUAAAAGCAGCAUCAAAGAUUGGCUAGAACAGUCAGUUAACUGGAACAAUUGAUGUCAUUUUGUAUAUAGAAUAUAAAGAAAAACACACACACACACACACAAUGUGGGUCUGUAUACAUACACAUGCAAACUUCUAACAGUGUAAUGGCCAAAUGCAUUCUCCCUUUGCUUUUUAAAUAAGCUCAAUUAGUCCUUUCCAUCCCCAGGGAGCUCCUUGAAGGUGAGGAGCCUAACCUCAUAUCAUUGUGAAAUGAGGGUAUGCAUGGGUAUGGGUGCUCGAGUGCAAGAAGUGGGAGGAUUGUUCCUGCAGAUACUGUAAAUAUGAAUACAAUUUUAAUAAAGCAUGUAAAAUACCAAAUGUGCUGUCAGACUUUAUGUAGAUGCUGUAAAGCUAGUAUUGGUGGCUAGGACUCUAUAUGUUUCAGGAAAAAAAAGAAAAUGACUUAAUAUUUUUGCACUGUUAUUAAAUAAACCAUUGGCCAGCUAUUUUUUUAAUAAUUUCAUCAUCUGUAAUAUGCAAAAGGUGACAGUUUCAGUAAAUAAAAACAGUGGCAUAUAUCUGCAUUGAACAUACAUCUGGAAAUGCUUUGGUUACUAGAUUUCAUUGAAUUUGUCAUUUUCUUUCCUCAGCCUAUUAAUUGCAUAACUUCUUUAUUUUUUGAUAUAGCAAGUACAUUAAAAAAUGGAACUUAAAUUUUCUUCCAGGCUUUUGCAAACUAUUCAGAACACUAAGCUAGCUGUCGUACCCAACAUUUAGAUGGAAAAGCAUGCAAUAAAACAGCAGUGAGUUUGGCAAGAAGGGAAAUGUGAUCUUCAGUACAUCUGUUAGAGUACCUUCCACAAAAAUAUUAUGUGAAAAAUAUCUUGUCCAAAAUGACCAAAUAGUUCUGGCCUUUGCUCAGGUUGGUCUAUGAAUGGUGAUUAUUGGUACAGUGUCUAUAGAAAAGUGCUGUUCCCCCCCCCUUGUUUUUUUGAUGUGAACAUUUCGUUGCAUUUACUAAUUUUAAUGUCUAAGCCUCCAUUGACGAGCCAGUUAUAACUCUUCUACUCCAAAAUUUUAUUCUACAAUUGAAAUUAUGCAGUCUGUUUUGAGAAAUGAACAAUUUGUGUUCUUUUUUAAAAAAAUAAAGUGUUCUGUAAAUACA